UGAAGAAGAAGCAUAACAAGAACAAGUCAACGCUUGUGGCUACUACUUCACCAAAAGAGCAAUGACUAACCAAGGAUGGAUUAGUAUUUUUCAGUCAAAGGUCAAGCAACUGAAGAUGAAUAAGAGAGACAGCUGGCGUAUCGAGUUUGAUGAUUCCAUUGAGGCAAACAGCCUGGAAUCAGGCUGGCAUCAGUACAUCAGUGGGGCAUUUGCAAGGUUCAGGUGCUCCAAGUGUAACAGAAGUUGGUCCUCUGGCCGGGUGCAAGUGGUGUUUCACAUGCGUCUAUCGUCAGGGCAGGGAAUGGUUAAAGUGCGACGCUUACGUCAGGAAUGCAGGCAGUGUGAUGAGGCUCUUAUGGAGGAGGCCAGUUUCGAUGAGGAGAAACUUGAAGUCCUACUGGAGAAACUGAUGGAGAAGAUUCGUAUCAAGUGCUACCACGAGAACCUGGGAAAGAAAAACAGACAUAAUUUUGAUGAUGAAGAUGAUAGGUCCCCCCAUGAGAGUGCCCAUUGCGAAGCCUGCAGUAUGGGCCCUUUGUUCAAGACCAGCACAAAGCGUUUCAAAGCCUGGUAG